AUGGCGCUGCGCUUACCCGGCGACACGAACAGCCCGUCGUCUUUCUGGUCCCUUCUCAUGAACAAGACCGACACUUCAACCCCCAUCCCAUCCGAUCGCUACAAUAUCUCGGCCUUCCACUCGCCCAACAAGCCCGGCAUGGUGCGCCCCCAGCGCGGCCACUUCCUGUCUCAGGACUACGUCAAUGAAGUCGACACGUCGGUCAUUCAGGUGGGCAUGUAUGAAUUCUCGCAUCUGGAUCCGCAGCAAACGCUACUGAUGGAGGUUAUCUGGGAGUGCAUGGAGAGCGCGGGACAGACGGAGUGGCGUGGCAGGGAGAUCGGGUGCUACGUGGGCGUGUUCGGCGAGGACUGGUAUGAUUUGAAGUGCAAGGAGACGGGGGAGUUGCCGAGGACGCACGCUUUUGCAACGGGCGGAUUUGCCCUCUCAAAUCACGUUAGCUAUCAGUUUGACUUGAAGGGGCCGAGCUCCACCAUCCAAACGGCCUGCUCGUCCUCUCUCACGGCCGUCCACGAAGCCUGCCAAGCGCUGUACACUCGCGGUUGCGAAUCCGCCAUCGUCGCCGGAACCAACAUGAUCGUGACGCCCACCAUGACCAUCACGAUGUCCGACAACGGGGUUCUGUCCCCCGACGGGAGAUGCAAAACGUUUGACGCCAGCGCGGACGGCUACGCGCGCGGUGAGGCCGUCAAUGCCGUGUUUCUGAAACGGCUCGAUGAUGCGAUGCGAGACGGGGAUCCCAUUCGCGGCGUCAUCCGAUCCACGGCGGCCAACUACGACGGGCACAGUGGUCGCAUCUUUGCGCCGGACGUGAUGAGCCAGGAGCGCUUAAUUCGCCAGGCGUAUCAGCGCGCCGGUAUCGCGGACUUGUCGCAGACAGCCUUCGUCGAGUGUCAUGGGACGGGGACGAAGGUGGGUGAUGUCGUAGAGGCGAUGGCAGUGGCGAGGGCGUUUCGGUCGGACGAGUUGUACCUGGGAGCGGUCAAAACGAACAUCGGACAUGGAGAGGGCGCGUCGGGAUUGACGGGUCUGAUCAAAGCGGUGUUGGCGUUGGAGCAUCGCAUUAUUCCGCCUAACAUCCAUUUCGAGACCCCAAAUCCAAAGGUUCCGUUUGACAAGGGGCUACGCGUCCCCGUUGAGCCUGUUCCGUGGCCAUCGAAUCGACAGGAGCGAGUGAGCGUGAAUUGCUUCGGCGUGGGGGGCUCAAAUGCUCAUGCCAUCGUGGAAUCCGCGUCUUCAUUCCAGGCUACUGAGGCUCCUUCAAGCCAAAGGGCUCGUCUGCUGGUCAUGUCUGCGCAGAGUGAGGCCGCGCUCCAGCAGCGAAUCGCCGAUAUCCAAGGAUAUAUUGAACAAGACCCGAAGACAGUGCAAAACUUGGCGUAUACCCUGGGAGUGAAGCGAGACCAUCUGUCUCAUCGGGCGUUCAUGAUCGCGAAUGAAGACGGGACCUUAGAAGACCCGAUUCUCUCUAAACCUGCCGCGGCUUCUUCGAUUGUGUUUGCCUUCACUGGGCAGGGGACUCGGUGGCCAGGCAUGGCAAAAGAGCUGAUUCAAUCAGCUGAGUCGUUUCAUGAUGACAUCAGAAGCAUGGACUGGAUCCUAAAGACAUUGCCAGACCCCCCGCACUGGAGUAUAGAAGAUGAGCUUCGUCAACCUGGUUCCUCCAGCGGCUCUACCAAGGCCGAGCUGUCGCAGACUCUGUGCGCCGCUGUCCAAAUCGCCCUGGUCAAUCUGCUCUCGCAAUGGGGUAUUCGCCCAUCAGCCGUGGUUGGUCAUUCCAGCGGAGAGAUUGCGGCUGCGUACGCGGCCGGUGCGAUUUCAAUGAAGUCCGCCAUAACCCUCGCACACUACCGUGGACAGAUCGCCAAGUGUAGCACAAAGCCGGGAGGCAUGUUGGUGGUUGGAUUGGGGCCGGACAUGGCGAAGCAUUAUCUUGUUGAAGGUGUGGUCAUCGCGUGCGAGAACAGUCCGCAGAGUGUCAAUCUAUCUGGGGACAAGGAUCAACUCGAGGCGGUGCUGGAGGCCAUCUUAGCGGAGCACCCGGAUACAUUCUAUAGGAGACUCCCUGUCGAGGUGGCAUAUCAUUCACCCCACAUGGCAGAUCUUGGACACGCCUACGAGGCCGCCAUCCAACCUUACAUCACGACGGCCUCGACCACCAGCAACAUCCCCAUGUACUCGUCCGUGACCGGAGAAGUCCUAGCUCACACCAAUCUGGACGCCGCAUACUGGCGAUGCAACCUCGAAUCGCCCGUUCUUUUCUCCUCCACUGUGAGCAACCUGCUGAACGCCCAAACGACAGACUCCGAACCGACUCUCUUCCUUGAGAUCGGUGCACACCCGGCGCUCUCCUCGCCUCUUCGCCAAAUCGCCUCCCAUCUCAGGAAACGCAUCAAUCACAUCGCGACUCUCCGCAAACACACCAACCAACAUCUCUCCCUCCUUCAAUCCGCCGGCCACCUCUAUCUCGCCAACCAAACCCCUUCCUUUUCCCAUCUCAACGGCCCUGGAACCACCCUGACCAACCUCCCCACAUACCCUUGGGACCGUCGGAACAUCAACCGGCAAGAAAGCCGACUGACGCGCAACUGGCGAUUCCGCAAGCACGCGCCCCACGAACUGCUGGGCUCGCGCACGCUAGAGUCUACGGAUCUCGAGCCUUCAUGGCGAAAUCUGCUUCGCGCGUCUGUCGUCGUCUGGCUUUCAGAUCACUGUGUCCUGGGGGACGUUGUGUUUCCCGCGGCCGGGUACAUCGGGAUGAUCGUGGAGGCGAUGCGUCAAGUAUCGGGCGAUAGCAGGGGUUGCUGGAUCCAACAGCUGGUAUUUAAGACGCCAUUGACGAUGAGCAAGAAGGGGGGCAUGACGGAGGUGGUAACCUCUUUCAAGCCGGUGCGGUAUAGCGACCGCGUAGAGUCGGAGUGGUGGGAGGUGACGAUUUCCUCAUUUAACGGGACUGCGUGGACGAAGCAUUGCAUGGGACAGGUGAAGAGUGGCCAAGCACAGGAGGGGGGAUGUUUGACUGCGCCGAUUGAAAAGCUCCCACGGUUAGUCGCUCCCGGGGCCUGGUAUCGAGCGGUUAAGAAUGUCGGAUUGAGGUAUGGUCCACGCUUUCAGCUGCUGGAGGACAUCACGGCUCAUCCGGUGGAGAACAUCGCGAAUGCCACGAUCCGUGACAGGCAAGAUAACGCUGAAUAUCCCGUUCACCCGACGGUCAUCGACCAGUGUCUGCAACUGGCCGGGCUGGCGGCAUGUCGGGGCCGGACGACGCUUGUUGACGGCGUCGCCAUCCCCACCUUUAUUGAGAGCAUGUAUGUUGGCGGAGGACGAGAUGGAGAUUUCAUGCUCGCUGAGACAAAGGGAGUGCCGGUUGCCGGGACACAUUUUAAAUGCGAUUCGCGGCUGAAAGUGGGGGAGGAGACACUUUUGUCGGUGCAGGGGGCGGUAAUCGUGCAGUUGGAGCAAGGGGGAAGAGAGGACAAGUCCCCUCUGGCGUCGCAUAUUGAGUGGCGACCUGAUACAGAUUUAGUAUCAAUGAAGGAGGUUAUGGACUCAGAGACGAGUGAAUCGAGGGAUUUGGUGGAUAAGCUGUCUGCGCUGUCGGUGAUUCAGAUCCACAGGGCGAUCCAGGACGUGAUCCCUGCAUCCCAGUUUGAGGAAUACAGGCGAUGGAUCGGUGAAGAAGUCGAAAGAAUUGGAGAAGGUAAAGUUCUAGAGGCACCAGAAUGGGCUGCACUGGAUGAUACAGCCCUGCAGUGUCUUCGUGACGGGCUCAGCGCGAAGUUGAAGACUCAUGGGCAGGAGGAAAUAUCCGGUCUUAGUGCGCGUGUCGUUGAAUCGUGUGCAGAUAUUCUGCGCGGGGCAAUUGACCCGACCGAAAUCCUCACACUGGAAAAGCUGCGACAGGUUCACGAGUAUACAGCGUCAUCGAGCCGAGUGUUUCAGCUUCUCGGUCUGAUGCGCCACACAAACCCGCGGAUGCGUGUUCUGGAUAUUGGAAGCGGCUUAGCAAGGUUGACCUCGUGUUCCCUGAAUGCUCUGACGUCGGAAGAAGGACGUUGCUGGUCAAAGUAUACUUGGACUGACGUAUGCUCUGCCGCUGUUCAAGAUGCGCAGAAGAGGCAUGGCGAUACAAUAGAGUGCUGCGUCUUUGAUAUCAAUCAGGACUCGUCGAAGCAAGGCUUGCAAGAAUCCAGCUAUGAUGUUGUGAUUGUGUCGGACAAUAUCAAGAAAUUGUUGGUGCCCGGGGGCAGGAUCCGACUUCUCCCGGAGUGCGAAACCAAGGAAACAACAGCUCGCUCCAUGGAAUGGAGAUCUUGCCUUGAAGCUGCCAAGUUCAUCGACAUCGAUAUCGACACUUUUGACAAAUGCUGCCGACAGCAGAUCAUAGCUAGAGUCCCUCAACCUUCCAUCGAACCAACAUCAAUCGACAUCCUGAUCUCAGAUACACCAAAGCACCCCUGGCACCAAGCUAUCCAAACUACACUCUCAGCAAGAGGGUUCACCGUGAACACACGCUUCCUCAGCGAUCCCAUCCCCAAAGAUGCCUUUGUCAUAUCCCUCCUAGACCUCGACAACCCCUUCUUCAAAAGCAUGACAGAAACCCAACUGUCCUCCUUCCAAAGCAUGCUCGCCUCCACCCCACGCAUUCUUUGGAUAACGCACUCGGCCCAAGUGAGAUCCUCAAACCCAGACUUUGGACUCUUGCUCGGAGUCGCCCGGUGCAUUCGGCAGGAGAUGAGCGUUCCGUUUGCUACAGUGGAGGUGGACGAAUUUACCCCGGAAGCUCUGAACGCCGUGCUGGGCGUGCAGGAGAAGCUCAGAAGACAGGUUCUUCAGGAAGAGCUGGAUGCAAGAGAUUACGAGUUUGCCAUUCACGACGGUAUCGUCCACACGGGGAGGUACCACUGGACCUCCAUGACGGAUAUGCUGGCAGCUCGCCUGGAGCAAGACGUGCCACUAAAAUUGGACAUUUCACCCUACGGCGCUGUCGGGUCUCUGGGAUGGGUGCCGGGCGAGACGGUGCCCUUGGGAGCAGACGAUGUGGAGGUGGAUAUUCGAUACGUCGGAUUGAACUUUAGGGAUGUCAUGAUCUCCCUCGGUGUCAUGGCCGAUAAGGAGGAAUUCGGGAUUGAAUGUAGCGGCGUCAUCACCCGCACGGGCGCGAAUGUCUGUCACCUGCAUCUAGGCCAGAAAGUCGGCGUUCUCUAUGCCGGAGUCUUUCGGUCGCGGAAGGUUGUGCCGGCGACUGCUUGCCUUGAGAUUCCGGCUGCGGUGGCGCUGGAUGAUGCGGCAGGUAUCCUGGUGGUUUUCAACACGGUGCUGUACUCCAUUAUGGAGGUAGGGCGGUUACAGAAAGGACAGUCUAUUCUAAUUCACGCAGCGUGCGGUGGUGUUGGUCUCGCGGCCAUCCAGCUCUGUCAGACCAUAGGUGCCGAGAUAUACUGCACCGUUGGUAGUGAGAAGAAAACCCAGUAUCUGAUGGAAACAUUUGGCAUUCCGCGCCAUCGCAUCUUCAAUUCCCGCGACGUGUCCUUCCAGUCGGAUGUAAUGCGCGAGACUAACGGGGUCGGAGUAGAUGUUGUUCUCAACUCGCUGGGUGGACCGCUUCUACAUGCGUCCUGGGAGUGUGUGGCCCAGUUCGGCAAGAUGAUUGAGCUGGGCAAGAGAGACUUCCUAGAGCAUGGCAUGCUCCGGAUGGAUCUGUUCGGUGGGAACCGGUCUUUCGUCGGAGUCGAUUUGUUCGAACUGGCGAAGAGGCCGGGGGUGAUAGCUGCGCUGCAUGACCAGCUCCUCGAGCUGCUUCAAGAGGGUAAAAUCCAACCCAUCCGGCCGCUGAAGGUGAUGCCAGCCAGCGAGGUCGAGCAGGCCUUUAGACAUAUGCAGCAGGGAUUACACAUGGGGAAGAUUGUUGUACAGAUGACCGAGAGAUCAUCUUCGUUGCAGGUUGCCAAAUCCCGCCAGAAGGUCACCUUUGAUCCGGACACUGCCUAUCUGCUUGUGGGCGGUCUUGGGGGAAUCGGCCGGUCCAUCGCAUUGUGGAUGGUCGAGCACGGCGCAAAACACUUGAUCUUUCUAUCUCGCUCGGCAGGUCAAUCACCAGGUGAUAAGUCAUUCCUGCACGAGCUUGAAAUUCAAGGAUGCGAUGCUCGGGCCGUGAAAGGCGACGUCUCGGUUCUCACCGAUGUCCAGCGUGCAGUCAAUGAAAGCCCCUAUCCCAUUCGGGGAAUGCUUCAACUAUCCAUGCUGACUCGCGACCAAUUUAUUCGCGAUCUCACGCAUGCGAACUGGACAACCGCCCUCGCUGCCAAAGUUACCGGCACCUGGAACCUACACCACGCGCUAGAAGGCUCGCAGCUCUCCUUCUUCGUCCUCUGCAGCUCCAUCGCCGGACUCAUGGGUAGUCCGGGCCAAGUCAACUACGGAGCAGCUAAUACCUUCCUCAACGCCUUCACGCAAUUCCGACUUCAACAAAACUUACCCGCCUCUGUUAUCAGCCUUGGUGGCGUCGACGACAUCGGUUUCCUUGCGACCCAGAGUACCCGCGUCAGGGAUAACAUGAACGCAGCUUCUGUCCGCAUGCUUCACGAGCAUGAAGUUCUUGACGCCUUCGAAGUCGCCAUCACCGGGCGCACAGUACCUCUUCCGUCUUUCUCCCGCACCUCUCUCAUCCCGCAGGAGUUUGCCAUCGGGAUGAGCAGCACUAAGGCCCUCUCCGACCCGUCCGUGCGUCCUCUCUGGGCCGACGACGCGCGGUUCCUGCAUUAUCGCGACAUAGCGACCUCAGCCUCGGACGACCAGACCCUAGCGCCCGUGAACACUCUGCGGCAGAUGAUUGCUGACGCGAGAGUGCGCAUUGCCGGAGCGAGAAGCGCCAGCUCUGGAGUCCUGCUAAGCACUGACGCCCUGGAGGAGUUCUUCUCGAGCUCCGACCGCGCGGAGAUCCGCAGGGGCGUGCUAAAUGGAUUCCGUUCGUUUUCGAUCUUCGGCGAGGAUCUGGACGACGAGGCCUUGGGUAAGGUGCAGAUUGACUCGUUGCUGACGAUCGAGCUGCGGAAUUGGAUGCGCAAGCAUUUGGGCCUGGAUGUGAGUAUUGGGGAUGUGGCUGAAGCAGGAACGUUAGGAGGGCUGGGGAAUUUGAUCAUUAGGCAUUUAUUAAAGGCUUCUGUUUAAGCUACGUGGUUCCUGGAAGAACCGUUGAUGGUUGCUGAUGCUGCAUUUGAGGUAAGUGGCAUUAGCUGAUGCAGUAAUGAG